AUGUCCAGCGAAGCACGACCCAUCGACGCCUCACAAUUCGCGCUCGCAAUUCAAGACCUCCCCGUCGAGAACCUGUACUCCAAAGCCAACGAGAUCCAAAACUCCAUCACCCACCUCGAGGCCUCCAACGGGCAGCUACAAGAAUACAGUGACAGCAUCCGGGCCGACACUACACUGCCAGAGGAAACGCGGCAAGACGGAGACAAGGACUGUCUUGAGGCGAUCCAGGAGAAUCUGGUCGUCAUUAAUAGGCAGAAGGAUCGGAUUCGACUGUUGAGAGAGGAGGUCGAGCGACGAGGUGGUAGGUGGCAUGGAGGUGAUGAGGAGGGAAGUGCGGUGAAUGGCAGUGCUGAUCAGGAGCGGCCGGCCGUUACGAAUGGCUCGUCGGCCGCGCCUGGGGGCAGGUUGACGGAUGAACAGUUGCGGCAGCAAUUGAGGGAUCAGCUGGGAGAUGAUGAUGAGGACAACGGUGCUGAUGGAAUGCACCUGUGA